AUGCAGAUAAAAGAAUGUGUGAUGAAUCUAAAACCAUUUGAAAAGAUGUUUGAGGGAUUUUAUCGAAACAUAAACGACGUAAAAAGAUCACUUGAAAAUAUUUUUGACAUUUUGUCUAUAGUCCAAUCAUUUUACUUCCGUUCUUUCAAUAAACGAUACAUGACGAGACUCAUGCUAUCGAUGUUUAAUCAAGUGGUUGUAAGCUGUGUAAAUUAUUUGACCGAAAAUAAAUCUGUUGAAUUUUGGACUCAAUCGGAUCAAAUAAUAAUCGACAAGCUCACAGAGUGCAUUGCACUUAAGGAACAUGCACUUAGUUGUUUUACAAAAAUGACGAAUAAGAUUAUUGCAGAUGACCUUCGCCCGUUUCAAAUUUUAAUGAACAGUGCGUUUCAAAGUUUCUUCAUAUUUGUAGAGAGAAUGGAGAAAGUAAGCGAAUAAUAAAAAAAAUUUAACUACGUAAAUGCGUAAUUAAAAAAAUGUGGGGUAAAGGCAUACAGGGAGAAUAAAAAACAAUUUUUACUUAUUAAAUAUAUAGCAUAUUUAAUAUAGGAAUAAAAAUAUUAUUUAUAUAGAUACAUUAAAGACAAAAAUGACUCAAUAUAUAUUUUAUUAAAAAAUAUGAAUUGUUUAUUAAGAUUCAUUCCAUAAUAAAUGUUAUAAAUUACUAUGCACUAUUCUUCAAGCAAUUUUUUGGACCAAAGAAAUAUUCUUAGAGUGUUAUUUUAAGUCUUUAUCAUUUUCAUGACAUUUUAAUGUUUUAACAAAAUUCUAUUGUCGAUUUCCGUAUAACAUUAAUUUUUUCUUUCUAUAUUCAAUACAUUUCGGUCAAAGAAUAAGUCUCCAUGUUUAGUUUUUAAUAGACUAAGCAGUAGAUUUUAGAUUUGCACUUAGGAAAUUAACUUCUUUAAAACAGUAUCAGGUUUGGACCAACAAGUAGGUAGGUUAUGUUUUAUAAAAUUCUUAAAACUCCUAAAACAAACAUGGUUACGAUUCGAUAACGAUUCUGAGUUGCACUCAGAUCGGGGCAGGCACUAAUUGGAAGGAUACAAAAAUUCCGGUAUUAAAUUAACUGAGUACUUACUAAACAGUUUUAUGUUUUAUCUUGAAAGGAAUAUGUUUACAUUUUGUCUUAUAAAGACGAAUGCAAAAUAAGAUAUCCGAGCCGUUAUCUGGGAUCAAUACUUGAAUCAUCUUUUUAAAUCACAAUGUGUAUAAUUAUUAGAAAUGAUACAUAAAAUUAAUAUUAUUACUAUAAUUUAUAUUUAAAUAGUUUAAUAAAUUAAUUAAUAAGUUACAUUAAUAAUACAAUCUCAUUAAUAUCUUAGAUAAAAAGUGACAAAUAUAAUUCUUAUAUUUAUAUAGACUAUUGUUAUAUACUAUUAUCUAGCAAAUGUAAAUUAUAUCUUGUACAUUUUUUAUUUUCAUUUAGUUAAUUAUUCUAAUAAUUAACACGUAUAUUUUUACUAAUUAUAAAUUUGUUUUACAGAUCAAAGAUAUAGUUGAAACCUAUCAAAAUCUCAAACUCGAAAAAAAUACAUUCAUAGGAUUUGAAGACUUUAAUUCAAAGUUGGAAAUACUAUUAAAUAAAUUUAAUGUCAACAAACAAAAAAUAGAAAGUUGGGUGGAUUGUCCAACAUUUCAAGCAGACAUUAAUAUUUUUAAUGAGGAAACCGUACAAUGGAAAAUUGAUGUAAACAACCAUCUAAGUAUCGCACUUGAACAAGCACCAGACUUUUUAAAUAAAAUUAAUUUAUUUAAAAAAUGGGAAAAAAAGAAUUACUUUGAACUAGAUCACAUGUACAAGCGUACAUUUAACGAUUUGUUAUCUCGUAACUAAAAUUUUUGAUUUUUGCUCUAAAUGUUUUAUGAAUUGACAAUGAUAAUAAAAUGUUUAUUUUAGACUACAAAAGUAUGUAUUCAGACUUUCGAGAUAAUCUACCAUUAAUUUCAAAUGUGUCCGUUAUUUCUGGCCAAAUUAUAUGGAUAUCAACGUUGUAUGAAAAAGCCCAAACGUCGAUAUCAUUUUUUUUGGUAAAAUUUGAUUACGUGCUUGAAUCUUAUUAACAAAUUAUAAUAAAUGUACGAUUUAUAUGUUAUAGACUAAGAGCCAAGACUUAUGGGGAAAUUACCAUUCGUACAAAGCGUUAUGUGUCUCACUCGACAUUUUCGAAAAGACAUUAAGUGAAAAGUGGAAUGCUCAUAUUUCCACGGUAUAUAAAUAAAUCCAAUUAUUUUGCAUUAUAAUUGAUUACCGUAAUAAUGAUAUUUAACAGCAUAUUCAAUCGGAAAACGUUCCGUUAUUGGCAAGAGAUCCAGUGACGAGAAAAUAUCGCUGUACUUUAUCGCGAUUUAUAAACGAAACGAUUGGAAAUGCGCAAACCAUGUUAUACAGAGGUCAUGAAAUACCACAGAGACUACAGGCUAUGAUGACGCACAAAACAAUGAUGUACCAAAUAUACGGAUAUGCAGAUAAUUUAGUGAAACAAUAUGACCAGUUAAAAGUUUAUAUAAGGUAAGCAAUUAAUUGAAUUAUAAAUAUUAAAAAUUUAUUUGAUGGCGUUUGUAUUAUUUAUAGAGAACAGUGUCCGGUAUUUUUUCACAAAUUAAUUAAUUUUGAAAUAUAUAAGAUAGACAAACUGUUUAUGCCGCUUUUGAGCACUAUAACAUGGUCAUCGAGUGAGGCCAUGGAUACAAUGCAAAACAUAACAAAACAUAUGAGUUACUCCGAGUCAUUUAUAAAAAAGGUAUGCUACGUAGUAAUUGAAGGCUGUGCGGGAAUAACGUGUAACACUUUUGUCGGAUCUCAUUUUUAAUGAUUUUUUUUUUUUUUGCGGAAAAACGUGCUACGAAGCUAUCUUCAUAUAUUUUUAAAGUUUAAAUGGACUUGACGCAAAUAAUCAUCGUGUAUAAACGUAAAAACCGACAGUCGUCGACGAUUAAAAUUAACAAAAUGUGCUAUGAACAUAAAAUUAAAAACGUGCAACACACAGUUAAAACAUUAAAAAAAUAUAAUAUAAUCUAUUUUAGAUUCUGAGCGGAGCGAGGAAUGUAUUGGUUUUACAAUGUUGUUUAUUUAUUUUUUCUGUGGACAACGUUUCUACCAGCAAUUUUGCUCCGAUUUGCAAUGAUAGCACUGUUUCUAAAAGGAAAUAGCAGUAGGGAGGUACUUUAAGGCCGUCAUUUUUUGAUAUUUCCAGAUGUUUUUUCAAAAAAAUGUGAAAAACUAGAAAAAACGUAGGAAUGACUGGAAAAUAGGUACAAUAUUAAAUAAAUAUUAUAGAAGAUAUAUAAAUGCAUAUAUUUUAAUUAUUUUAUUAUAAUAUGAUUUAUGUAUUGUUAACAAGGCAACACUAUCAACUCCGCUCAGAACCGUAUUUUCUUUAAUCGAUGCCUAUAGAUUUACAUUAAAUUACCUAUAAUAGUGGCUGCACUAUUAUCGAAGGACUGUUGUUUUUUUUUUUUUUUUUAUGCGAUACUGUAAAAUUUACGAAUUGAUAUAAAGCACUCUAUUACCGUGCAGUUUUCAAUUAUUUAAUUUUCUAUUGAGAUAGUAUCUUUCCAUCGAUAUGUUUUAAUAAAUACAAAUAUAUUUACGUAUGUUUAAUCUAUGGUCAAAAUAUAUAAAUUUAGAUAGUUGAUUUGGAUUAUGCUUUAUGCAAAGAUAUUAAGAAUAUGAAUUUUCUGAAUUUACUCAAAUUACCAAAUGAAGCAAUAUGGCCUCACGAAUUUGAAAGAGAAAAUAAUGUACAUUUACAAAAUACAGUGAAUGAAAUCAUUAAAAAAUCGAUAGCCUUAGAAACAAAAUUUAACGAUAUAAUAAAACUUUUUCUUUACCGUAUAAAUGAUAAAUACCAUUUGAAAAGUGAAGAUGAAAUAUAUGAUUAUUUUAAUGAGUACAGAGCCUUAAUGGAAACUACGAAAACUGACGGUGAAGUUCAUAUCGAAGGUACAUUUAUACUCAUUGAUGUUUAUAUACGUACAAACAUUUUAUAUUUGUAUAAGUAAGCAUACACAAUUGUAUUUCUCGUUAGUAACUACAUAAUUUUGUGUGUAGAUGAUAUUAUACAUCCAGUAGACCAUCCCACAAGUAAACAAGUCGAUGAAUGGUGUAUGAUCGCAUUUCGUUAUUAUAACUUUUAUUACACACAAGCAUUAAUUAAUAUAAAAAUCAACUCUUUUAAUGCAUUGGCGACGAAGUUAGAGUAAGAGCAGACUUUCAUUUUAAUUAACAAAUACAAUCAAUAAUACACAAUUUAAAUUGCAGACGUAAAAAACAUUCACAAUCAUCGCCAAUAAUUAAAACCAAGUUAAUUCUAAAUGAUUCUAAACUUUCAACGGAACCAUCAUGGCAUCAGAUUGAAAAAUGUAUUAAAGAUGUGACGUUAGAUAUACGGAAAUCGACAACGAAAAUAGUACGCUGGGGCUUUCAUCAGCGCGUGAGUAUAUUGAAAAUUAUUUUUAUAUUACAGCAUUACAUUAUAUAAUAUUAGAUAUGUUUAAUUAUAAUAUAUGUUUAAUUAUUUCAAUAAAAACAGAGCGGUGAUUAUGCAUAUAAAACCACCAUAUCAAAGAAAAAUGAAGUUAUAAUCGCUGUAAAAGGAAUAUCCAACUUAACUAAGCCAAUACAAAUGGAUCUUCGAAAUCUCUAUAGGAAAUUUCAAACGAAGUAUCAAAACAUAUGGAUGGACGAAUCGAAAAAGAUUGAUAAAAUAAAUGCAUUUUUGAAAAUAAAAAGCGAGCUAACCGAUGUUCGAAAUGAAUUUAUUUACAUGGAAAAAAAAUCCAAAGAGAUUAAUGAAGAACCCCACAGUAUAGUGAUCGGACCUUUGGACAUUGAAUUAGGUAAUUCAAUUUGAAGUAUACAACAUAUUGUAUCUAAUAUAACCAGUUUCAUUUCAGACCUUCAUCCCCCGAGGGGGUAUCGUACAUUUUCAAGGGGUUAUACCACAUGCAAAGCCGAAUCUAGGAAUUUUAACAUUUAGAAAAAUUAAAAAAAUACGCUCAAUGAUGACCUUCUUUUGUAUCUCGUUAAAAUGCGGUUAUUUAUAUAACACACUAUUUUUUAAUUUUUUUGUCAACAAUAUUUGCUCACAACUUAUAUCUCAUGUACUUUACGUAGUAAUAUUAUACAUUUUCAGGGGGUGGUAUACAUUUUUUUACAAGGACUUAAUACCUCGCACCCAGUCACUCUUCUAAAAUAAACACUGAAUAUAACAUUGCAUGUUAAUUUGGAUUUUUUUUUUUCAGACGAAUUCAAAGAAUACUUAAACGAACACAUUAAACAUUGGAAAAUGUUAUUCACAGAGAGUAUAUUGAAAACAUCCAAACUUACGGAACUCAGUAAAUAUGUGACUGACAAUUAUUUANAAUAAAAUUAAAACUUAGUUUCAAUAUAUAAUAUAUAUAAUAUAUAUAUUUAUAUACAUUACAAUACAUUUGUUUUUAGAAAUGUGAAGCGACAAAAAAUCUUUUGAGUCAAUCGGUUAUAUUAUCAAAAGAGAUGAAAGACGGGAUUAAGCAAUUGAAAAAAGACGUUAUUGUUUUUAAUAAACAAUUUGAAGAAAGAGGUCCAAUGGUCUCAGGGUUAUCACCCGCUGAAGCCACUGAGAGGUAUAGUAUAAUUAAUCAUUUUUUAAUUUUUUAAUUUUUAUUAUUGUUGUAUAUUUAAUUUAUCAAUACAUUUAUUUUAACUAUUCCAUUAUUUAGGGUUUUACUAUUUAGUGACCGUUUUGAAGAAUUGGUUAAAUUAUCGGUACUUUACCAAAACGGUGAAGAAUUGUUAUUGGGAAAAGUAAUAACUGAUUUUCCUUCAAUUGCUCAAAAAAGACAAGUUUUUAACUUCCUCAAAAGACUUUAUGAUAUUUAUAACAAGUUCAAUCGUUAUGUUGACACAUGGUUAAACAUCCAAUGUCUCCGUUUACCCAUAGACGAAAUAAUAGAGGCUUUAGUGGAUUGCGACAACAGGUGUCGUAAACUGCCAGCGGGUUUGAAGCUAUGGCCAACAUAUUUAGAAUUGAAAACCAAUAUCGACGAAUGGAUGGAAAAAAUGCCUCUGAUCGAGGGAAUGUUUAAAAAUCCAUUGAAACCAAGGCAUUGGACCAUGAUAGAAAACUUAACCAAAACGCAAUUCCCAAUAAAUGAUAGCGAUUGUACUCUCAGGGUUAUUUUAAAUGCUCCUUUAUUAGAAUAUAAAGAAGAGUUGGAAGAUAUAUGCCAGACGGCUAUUAAAGAAAUUGAUAUUGAAGCAAAAUUACGUCAAAUUAUAUCAGAUUGGUCAACUAUAAAAAUCGAAUUGACCACAUUCAAAAACCGAGGAUUAUUACUUGUAAAAAGUGCAGAACUAGGAGAGGUCGUAGCUUUAUUGGAAGAUAGUCAAAUGAUAAUGAGUUCAUUAGCAUCCAAUAGGUAAGAUGUUAUAUUAGGCUAACACUACUUGCAACAUUAAUUUAUUGAGUGAUAAAUUAUACAUAAGAGUUAUAUUAUACCGUAUAAGUAUUUUAAUAUGAUUAUUAUAAUCAACUCAGAAAUACAAAUUGAAAAAAAAACUAUAGUGCUUAUAUGUAAAUUAGUUAAAUAGUUUCUAAUAACAUGCGGUUUUUCUGUAAAAUACAAUUUAUUAUUUUGGUUUGAUUUAGGUAUAAUGCUUCAUUCAAAACAGAAAUUAAUGAGUGGGUUAAAAUUUUUGCAAGAACCAGUCAAGUAUUGGAAAAUUGGGUACUUGUGCAAAACCUUUGGAUGUAUUUAGAAGUUGUUUUUAUUGGAGGGGACAUAUCAAAACAAUUACCACAAGAAACAAAACGUUUUCUUGUAAAGAUUUAUUGACAUUUUAUCUGCAUAGUUUGUUUACAUUGAUUUUUGUUUAGGCCAUUGAUAAGUUGUGGACGGAAAUUAUGCAUAAAGCUCGAUUUCUUGAGAUUAUUAUUAAAAUUUGUGACGAGUCAAUGGAAAUUUUACUACCAUAUAUGUUUGAACAGUUGGAAUCAUGUCAGAAAUCCUUAGCAGGGUAUUACAAAAUAUAAAUUGUCACAUUAUUGUAAUACGAAUAGUUUUCACUAUAACGUAUUAAUUAAAAAUAGCGAGAGGAACAUUUACUUUAUUAUUUUAAAUUAAUUAAAAUUUAAAUAUUCAUAGACAACUGUAGAAAUAAUAAUAUUUAACAAUUAUUUGUUAUGCUAAAUAAUUUUUAAUUUAUUAUUAGAUACUUGGAUCAAAAGAGAUAUGUAUUUCCAAGAUUUUAUUUCAUCUCGGAUCCAUCGCUUUUAGAAAUUCUUGGUCAAUCAUCAAAUUCCCAUUCAAUAACACCACAUUUAUUAAGUCUUUUUGACAAUAUUGCCAAAUUGACAUAUAGCCCGACUGAAUAUGACAAAGCGUUGUGGAUAGUAUCUAAAGAGGGUGAAGGCAUUCAAUUGGAACAUCCAGUUCUAUGCAAUGGAGGAGUUGAAAUUUGGCUGAACACACUGCACAACGAAGCAAAACAUUCCGUAAAUACAAUUUUGUCAAACGUGGCAAGUUAUAUAACAGAAGACCCAACGUUUUCCCUUUUAACAAUGGUUGACACAUUUCCAUCACAAGUAGGAUGAUGAUAGUUUAAAUAUAUAUAUACGAGUAUAAUAUAAUAUAAUUUUUUAUUAAUUCGAAUAUAUAUUUCCAGGUGGGACUUGUGGGUAUUCAAAUAUUAUGGACAUAUUAUUCAGAAAACGCGAUUAAAAACGCGGUUAUAAAGAAAACUAUUAUGAAGCAAACUAAUGCUUAUUUUCUAACGCUUCUAAACGUCCUUAUUGAUACGACGACAAAAAAUUUAACUAAAAUGGAAAGACUGAGAUACGAAACUUUAAUCACAAUACAUGUCCAUCAGAGGUAGACAACUUACUAUUAAAAUAUAAUUACGGGCAAAGUGAGAUUAAAAUAAUUGUUGGGUGUAAUUUUUUAAUUAUUAUUAAAAGCAACGAUAGUUAAUAUUAUUUUCUAUAUAUUUGAAGUUCGGUAUUAUUAUUAAGGUAUGCCUUUUUAUUGAAUUGAAUUGAAUUUAUUAAAUUCAAUUCUAUUGAUUAAUUUACUAAAUAAACUUUACACGAUUUUGACUAGGUGUCUUGAAAAAUUAAGUUUCCUUAAUCUGAUCAGAAUCUUAAAUAAAAACAAUGUAUUGUGAAAGCUCGUAAAUACAUAGUAAUAUAAUACAUACAUACUUACAUAUUAUAGGGAUAUUUUUGAAACAUUAUUUCGUAUGAAAGUUAAAACCACAACGGAUUUUGAAUGGUUGAAACAAGAACGUUUUUAUCAUAACAAAGAAACAGAUCAUUGCGAAGUUGAAAUCACAGAUGUUCUGUUUGAAUACCAAAACGAAUUUAUGGGAUGUUCAGAUAGGCUUGUAAUCACACCACUUACUGAUCGAACUUUUAUUACAUUGGCCCAAGCUGUUGGUAAGUGAUAUAAAUUAAGAAAUAUAUUUUACAUGAGUGAAUUUAUUAUAAAAUAUGGGCCAAGUAGUUAAUUAGGUAAUAUGGUAACAUUUAAAUUGUAUUAUAGGAAUGAAUAUGGGUGGAGCACCGGCUGGUCCAGCGGGUACUGGAAAAACAGAAACCACAAAAGAUAUGGGAAAAUCUCUCGGAAAAUAUGUCGUAGUAUUUAAUUGCUCGGAUCAAAUGGACUUCCGAGGACUAGGUCGUAUUUUCAAAGGCUUAGUACACUCCGGAACAUGGGGUUGUUUUGACGAGUUUAACAGGAUUGAGUUACCCGUACUUUCAGUAGCUGCUCAGCAAAUAUACACCGUAUUUUGUGCUCGUAGAGACCUCAAAGAAACAUUUAUUAUGACGUAUUUAUUUAUGAUAACAACGUUUGUUAACUUCAAUGUAUUAAUUAAAUAAUUAUUUACUAGUGAUGGGGAGAGCGUCCCGAUGAAUCCAGAAUUCGCAAUCUUUUUAACUAUGAAUCCCGGGUAUGCUGGCCGGCAAGAACUACCAGAAAAUUUAAAAGUACUCUUUAGAAGUGUCGCUAUGAUGGUGCCCGAUCGACUCGUAAUUAUGUUUUAUUUUAUUUCUAUAUUUUACAAAUUAAAAAAAAUGUUUAAAAUAUUUAACUUCUACAGUGACAUUAAAAUAGUUUCUAACGUAUUUUACACGUAUACAAUAAUACAUUUUGUCGAAUUUUCCUCGAAAAAAAAGACUAUUGCACUGUAUUGUAUGUAUAUAUUUAUGUUUUUCUCGGUCCUUUUGGAUACUUUUAGCAGCUCCCUCUAAACGAAAUAGCGGGUUAAAUAUCAAUAUGAUUUUCACUGUGAUGUUGCAAGUCGAGAAUGAUUUUUAACUUUGAACACCUUUAUAGAUCCCCGAAUUGAAGCUUCAGUAAUAAAAUUGAGUAAUAAAUGCUAAAAUUAAUAUCUCGAAAAGUAUUGACUUCUCUUCAAUUUUUGUUUUUUUUUUGACAGUUUGAAAAACAAGGAGCAGUACAUUAUUAGUACAUUAAUUUUAAAAUAAUUAAAAAUUUAUGUUGUCAUCCUUAUUUUUGGUGGCUAAACGAAUAUCCCCAAAAUUAGGUAUUUUCAAAUAGAACCAUUACAAACAUUUCGAUAAAUAGAUUAAGAAUUAAUUUAAACAAAUUGUUGAUGUUGACAUUUUUUAUUUAUGUCACCACGUUGACAAGAUGUAUAACGCAGUAUCAUUUAUAUGGCAACGCGGCACGUAACAUUUUGAUAGUACUCCACUACUCUUCCCUAUCCAUACUUAAAAGUGGAAUACCUUGUCAACAAAUAGACAGAAAUCAACACCAUCAUUAAUUUAAGCUAAUACUUCAUCUAUUUAUGGAAUUUUUAAAAUAGGUUGCUAUUUAAACAUCAAAAAUAUCAUAAAGGUAUAAAUCAAUAGGUAAUCGUUUACCUUCAAAAAUAAGAGGGACAAAAAAAUAAUAUGAAUGAGACAUUUUAGAGAGCUAAUUGUUUCUUAAAUUUUCAAAAAAAAGGCAUUGAAUAAAGUCAAUAUUUUUUUAAAUAUCAAGUGGCUACAUUAAAUGGAUCAUCCUAAAUGUAUUGUAUUAUAGCCCCGUGCCUACUAUUUCUUGAGACGUAGUAUAUAUUAAUUAAUUAUUCAGUUGUUUAUUGUUUUACAGUAAAUAUUUAUCUAAUAAAAAAUAUGUGAGGGGGAUAGGAAUUCGACUGUAGUGACCGGAACUCUACUGCUCACGGACAUUUGUUUUUUUUCAACUACAUAUACUAAUUUACCAUGUACCAUUAAACAUAUUUUCAUAAUUAAUUUUAAAACCAAGUCUGAUUUAUUAUUAAAAUAUUUAUGCUACACAUUUUAUUUUUAGCUCAUAAUACGAGUAAAGCUAGCGGCAUGUGGAUUUAAAAGCAAUUUAGUAUUGUCAAGAAAAUUCUUUAUGUUGUACCAAUUAUGUGAAGAACAAUUGAGUAAACAAGUUCAUUAUGACUUUGGUUUACGAAAUAUAUUGGCCGUUUUACGUACACUCGGUACACAAAGAAGAAGUAAUCCAAACGAAUCCGAAGAAACUAUACUUAUGAGGGUAUUGAAGGGUAUGAACGUUUCAAAGUUAAUUGAUCAAGACGAAACAAUAUUUUUGUCUUUGAUUGAGGAUUUAUUUGUCGGCAUGAAAUCGACUAUUACAACGUAUAAAGAUUUGCAAGCUGCAAUAACAGCGACUUGUUCUGAGAAAUUAUUUGUUAAUCAUCCAGUUUGGAAUUUAAAAAUUAUUCAAGUAAAAAAAUAUUAACUUUUAUGCUAACAAUUUUUGAAAUAUCAUCAUGCUUAUGUAUAUUUAUAGAUUUACGAAACAUCAGUUGUUCGUCACGGGUUAAUGAUAUUAGGACCCACGGGGUCUGGCAAGACUGCCGCUAUUCAUUGUCUUUUAUCGUCUUUGACCAAAACUGGUCUAAAACAUUUUGAAUAUAGGAUGAAUCCAAAAGCCAUUACAGCCUCCCAAAUGUUUGGUAAGCUGGAUGUUGCCACUAAUGAUUGGACCGAUGGUAUAUUUUCCACAUUAUGGAGAAGAACGUUAAAAGUAUUUUUUUAUUCGAUUUUUUUUUUUCAAAUUAUAAUAACAUAUUUAUGUAGUAGGUAUUGAAAAUAUUAAUAUAUGUAAUUAAUUUAGCUUAAUUCAAGUGAAUACUGUUGGAUUGUUUUGGACGGUCCUGUAGACGCUGUGUGGAUUGAAAAUUUAAACUCCGUUUUAGAUGACAAUAAAACACUUACAUUAGCAAACGGUGACAGAAUCGUUAUGGCCCCUAAUGCAAAACUGUCUUUCGAGCCAGAUAACGUGGAUAAUGCUUCCCCGGCUACUAUAUCUAGAAUGGGAAUGACAUAUUUCUCAUCUACUGUGUUGCCGUGGAAAGUGAUGUUUGAAGUGAAUAUGACAUUAUGUUAUUUUUCUUAAACAAUACGCUAUUUGUACAAUUACUAGGGAUAUUACUUAAGAUACAUUAUGCCUAUUAUUAUAAUAAUAUUGAAUUAGCAAUGGUUUACUCCUCAAAACAAACUGUACACACGAACCGUAUUAGGUAUCAUAAAUAUUAAAAAUAUAUCUUUAAACUUUUAUUCUUUAUUUUUAUCUAAUUAUAAGCAUAUAGGUUAUUUGUUAAUUUUUUUCUUAUAUCUAUAGUAUAAAAACUAAUAUUAGUUUAUAUCAAAAUAAUAACCGAGUUAUAUACAAUGAUAAAGAAAUAUUAAUAACAUAAUUUGUUAAUUGUACCUAUAUUAAUUACCUAUAGUAUGGUAUACAUAAUAUUAUAUCAUUAUAAUUUAUGCAAUUAUUUGAGUUCCUAUAUAAUGUUUUGAUUUAUUAAGCAACAAUAAUUUAAUGUAAAAUUGACAACAUUAAAAGUUAACCGAAACCAUAAAAUUGAUUAAAUUUUAGGGAUGGGCGAAAACAAAAUCUAGUCACGAAUACAAUUGUUUUAAGAAAUUUUUCAAUCGUUCCUUUCAACGAUGUUUAACAAUGCUUCAAUCCAAAUUUACUCCAAAGAUGGUUUUAUGCGAAGCAAAUUACAUUCGUCAAACAUGUGAUAUACUUGACGGACUGUUGAAAAUUUCUCCUCAAAGUGAAUAUUUCUCGAUCUAAUUAAAAUUAAAAUAUUGAGUUAAAUUUUAAUGGAAAUACAAUUUAAUAUUAAAUAGAUUUGGAAGAAAUCGUUUUAUCACGUUUAUAUACUUUUGCAAUAAUGUGGAGUAUUGCUGCUGUGUUAGAAUCGAUCGAUAGACGAGCGCUCGAGGAAUUUAUCAGAACUGAUUUGAAAGGAGAAAUCAAUAUACCAUCACUUAAGGUAAAUAUAAUACAAUAUAUUAACAAUAAUGAAACUACGGAAAAUGCACUAUCUGUUCAUUAACGCAAGAAAAUUCCUAAAUAACCAAGCUCUACUUUUAUUAUACUUUGCCAUGACACAAUCUAUUAUACAAUACGGAAUUGGGGUGGCUAAAAAUAAUUUUAAGUAAACGAAAAACAUAUCCAACUAAAGAUCUGUUUACUGAAUUUAAAGUUUUUACAACGCAACAACUAUUCUACAGAAAUGCCCUAUAUUACACAUACAAAUUUAAUCCAAUCGAGUUUAAACCUAGACACUAUAACACACGUCAAAAAACCAACUUAGAAAUACCUACUGAUCGUAUAUCGAAAUCUAGUCGAUGUUUUUCGCAAGUGGGUUUGAGAUUAUUAAACGACAUUCCACUGUAAAUCAUUAACAGUUCGUCUUAUAAAAUAAAUAAACACUCUAUUAAAUUAUGGUUGUUAACGCAAGAAAAUUCCUAAAUAACCAAGCUCUACGUUUAUUAUACUUUGCCAUGACACAAUCUAUUAUACAAUACGGAAUAACCGCCUGGGGUGGCUUAGGUAUUAUAAGAAGCAAUAAAAUAUUCAGAGCUCAAAAAAGCAUAAUUAAAAUAAUUUUAAGUAAACGAAAAACAUAUCCAACUACAGAUCUGCUUACUGAAUUUAAAGUUUUUACAACGCAACAACUAUUCUACAGAAAUGCCCUAUAUUACACUUACAAAUUUAAUCUAAUCGAGUUUAAACCUAGACACUAUAACACACGUCAAAAAACCAACUUAGAAAUACCUACUGUUCGUCUACUACUACUAGUCGAUGUUUUUCGUAAGUGGGUUUGAGAUUAUUAAAGGACAUUCCACUGCAAAUCAUUAACAGUUCGCCUUAUAAAAUAUAUAAACACUCUAUUAAAUUAUGGUUGUUAAAUAAUACUAGUGAUCUAUACCCUUUGUAAUAUAACAGUGUACCUAUAUAAUGUAGUCUCUUUAUCUAUUUAUUUAUCUACUCCACUUUUUAUGUACUUUAUUAUAUUACAUUUAAUUAUUGCAAUUUAUGCUUUAGUAACUAUAGUUCUAAUUAAUAAUUAGUUCUAUAGGUAUGUCUAUUUAUGUUUUUGAAGUAUAGUCAUAGUUAUUGAAGUAAAUAUGAUUUUUUUUUUUUACAAAUUAUCUAAAAUAUGAUAAAAUUUUUAAAUGUAUACAAACUUAGCUAUUAAUAGUACUCCAUCAACACCGAUAAGAGGUUAUCCUCAGUGGUGAGAUGGGCCAUCUAACCAUGUUAUAUAUAUAUAUAAACAUUAAUUACUGAAAAAUUGUACUUUCUUUUUGGCCAAUAAAUUAUUAUUAUUAUUAUUAUUAAAUCCAGGGCUAGUUUUAAAAGGAAUUUAUUGCAUCCCUAAAAAAUAUGCACAUCUUGGCAUCCAGGAUAUAAUAUGUUAUUUAUAUGCUGAUUAACUCUACUAUAUCAUUUAAAGACCCCUAGAUACAAAUUAUCCUGGAAACAGCUAGCUACUAGCUAUUUUACUGCAAUAUAAAGUUAUUUACGUAACUAAUAAAUUUUCUGAGGAUUCCGUGAUUUUUUAUAAAUAAAAGAAUACCAAGACAAAUAUUUCGUUUGUUUUAAAAUAAUUAUAACGAAACUAUUAAUUAUUAUUAGGGAGAAGAAUCGAUUUACGAGUAUACCAUUUCAAAAGACGGUGGUUGGCAACAUUGGGGAACAUUAGUAGAUGAAUAUACAUAUCCAAGUGACUAUAUUCCAAAUUAUGGCGAUAUAUUAGUGCCUAACCUGGAUAAUGUUCGAGCAAUGUUUUUGAUAUCGUUGAUUGCGAAUCAAGAUAAAAAUGUUCUCUUAAUUGGCGAACAAGGUACAGCUAAAACAGUAAUGAUUAAAAGUUUUAUGGCAGAAUUUGAUCCGGAAGAGAGAAUCAGUAAAAUGCUCAAUUUUUCUUCGGCUACCACUCCGGAUAUGUUUCAAGUAAAAAAAUAAAAAAAGCAAUUUGUAUAAAAGUUAUUACAACCGUUAAUAAAUUGGUAAACAUUUAUUUAGAAUACGGUUGAAGGUUCUAUGGAAAAACGAUUUGGUACUACAUAUGGUCCUCCGGGUAAUCGUAAGAUGUCAAUAUUCAUUGAUGAUAUAAACAUGCCGAUCAUUAAUGACUGGGGAGAUCAAGUAAAAAUAUAAUUAUUUAUUUAUUAUUAAUUUUUGAUAAUUUUUUAGACGUUCUAUAGCAAUGACUAAUAGAUAUGUUUAAUGAAGGUUAAUUUGUAUUAUUAUUAAUUAAUAUUCUUAUUAGAUUACAAAUGAAAUAACACGACAGCUCUUGGAAUGUAAAGGUUUUUAUUCGCUAAUAAAACCUGGAGAUUUUGUAAAUAUCGUGGGAGUUAAUAUGUUAGCGGCGAUGAUUCAUCCAGGAGGUGGCCGAAAUGACAUACCACCAAGACUAAAGAGACAAUUCUGUAUUUUCAAUUGUACACUGCCAUCAGAUACGUCUAUGGACAAAAUAUUUGGCGCUUUAGGAUGUGGUUAUUUCUGUAUAGAACGUUUUAACGAAGUUAUAGUUCAGUUUGUGCCAAAAUUAAUGCCAUUAACUCGAUUUGUAUGGCAAAAAAUCAAACAGAAAUUAUUACCUACUCCUGCCAAUUUCCAUUACGUGUUUAAUCUACGUGAUUUAUCUCGAAUUUGGGAAGGAAUGUUACAAAUACAAACAGAAGAAUGUAAAAACGUGCAUAUGUUAAUACACUUAUGGUGCAAUGAGAUACAGCGUGUGAUAUAUGAUAAAUUGACUAAUAUUUCGGAUAAACAAUGGUUUAUCGAAACUGUCGAAAAUACAGCGAAAGAGUUUUUGACACCUAAAGAAUUUCAAAUGUUUCCAGAAGAUAUGAGAAAAAUUGUGUUUGCAGAUUUUAUGCGUGAUGAAGUAGAGGCAACUGGAAAUGAACCAGAAGAUUUUGAAUCAGAAGUUCCUAAAAUAUAUGAAUACGUUGAAAAGUAUGAGCUCAAUUUUAAUCCUAUUCAUUAAAAUUAAGUACAAUGACUUUCAAAAAGGUACCAUAUUAGAAGUCAAUAAAUAUGAUUAAAUAAAUUACUCUUAUAAAGUAAUUUUAAAAUAAUAUCAAAAUCAAAAUAUUUAUUUAGUAUUUACUAAAAUUAUUUUUUUCCCCUUAAAUUAUAUUUACUAAUAUAAUGUCUAAAUAUAUGUGUAAUGUUAUAAUUUUGAUUUAAAAAAAUUUAUAUUCUAGUUAUGACGUAUUAAAAUCAAGAAUAUUUAUGUACAUGCAACAAAUGAAUGAAGUUUCAAAUGGUACUUUUAUGGACUUAGUCUUGUUUGAAGAUUGUGUUCGUCAUAUUAUAAUUAUUUCUAGAAUUUUAAGAAUUCCACGAGGAAAUGCUCUUCUAGUUGGUAUUGGUGGUUCUGGUAGAAAAUCAGUAACCACUUUAGCUUCUUUUAUAGCUAAAUAUAUACAGCAUACAAUUACCCUUACUAGGUAUUAAAAUAUUUAUUUAUUUAUGGAUGAACAUUGUGUUUUAUUUAACAUUCACAUUCACUUAACACAGUUUUAACAAAAUAUUUUGAAUUAUUUUUAAGGACCUACGGUUUAAACAAUUUCUUAGAUGAUAUAAGAAUACUAUAUAAAUAUGCCGGAUUUAAUGGUUCAAAAACUGCAUUCGUUUUUACGGAUAAUGAUAUAAAAGAAGAAGCUUUUCUAGAAUAUAUUAACAAUAUAUUAAGUUCCGGAGAAGUCGCUAACUUGUUCCCAAAAGAUGAACUAGAAGAAAUGCUAAAUAAUUUAACUCCAAGUUUCAAAAAGAAAAACCCUAAAGGCAUAAUAACUAUGGAAAACUUAUAUGAAUUUUUCAUCAAACAAGCUAUGAAUAAUUUACAUUUAGUUUUAUGUUUUUCGCCGGUAAAAAUAAUAUUAAUUAGAAUUCAAUUAAUAUAAUAUAUUUAAUAUCUCAUUUUGUUGGUUAAAAAGAUUGGUGAAAGUUUUCGACUACGGUCAUUAAAGUUCCCUGGUCUUAUAUCUGGCAGUAUAAUUGAUUGGUACACAGCGUGGCCACAGGAUGCACUUCAAGCCGUUUCUGGACAUUUCUUACACAAUUUCUCGGUGGUUAGUACAGAAAAAGGAAAAUUAUCUCUGAUAGAGUUAUUAGGAGAAAUACAUGAAAAUGUUUCAAAAGACUGCGUCACUUAUUUCCAAAGGUACCUAUGUUUAAUGUUAAUUUUGUAAGUUAAACAUUUUAAAUUAAUCAUAAAAUGUUAGGUAGAUAUGACAGUAUGAAAUAUCAAAUAGUUGUGGACCCAUAUGAUUGUUUCCCACAAAAUUAUUAAAAUAAAUAAAUACUAUUGUUUUUUUUAGUUUUUGACAGUGUUCGGUAAUCGUUUUUAUUAAUUAUGUGCAUACAUUUCAAGUAGAUACACAGAACUUUUGUGAAUUUUUCAAUAAUAUUCCUUGUCCCUUUUCUUUAAAUUUCACGUUUAAAAAAAAAAAUAAACAAGCUACAUUAUAUUUUUGUUUUUUAAAUAACUUAAUAUAGAUUAAAAUAGUAUUAACGUUAUGAAGAGAUAAUAUAUAGUUAUAUAUUAACGUAAUAUUUUCCAGAUUUCGUCGACAAGUAUAUGUCACGCCAAAAUCAUUCCUGUCAUUUGUGGAUGGUUAUAAAGUAUUGUAUGUUGGCUAUAAAAAAGAAAUUGAGAUAAUGAAAGGUCAAAGAAUAUUAGGGCUGGAAAAACUUGCAGAUGCUUCAGUACAAGUAGAAGUAUUGAAAAUCGAUUUAGUAGAAAAGGAAAAAGAAAUCGUUAUUGCGACAGCUGCCAGCACAGAGGUAUGUACUAAAAAGAUAAUACCUCCACUUUCCCAUAUGUACCAGUGGAUGGGUAUAGCUCUCCUAAAUGCAUUUUUUUUUUUUUUUAUGAAUCCUACGGGAAAUACAUAAAUGAUUGAAUUUGUCUCACUGAUAAAUAAGAAUAAUAAAAACAAUAAUAAUAAAAGAAAAAUUUGGGGAAGGGAUUACAGUAGUAGAUUAAAAUAAUAUUUAACACAUAUUUCAAGUUUUACAUCACAUUUUAAAAUUCCGACAAUGGUGUGCACAAGCAAUUUAUGUAACCCAUAGUACUGUAAUUGACAGUUAUAUGAUUGACAACAAUUUCCCAUUGCAUAGUCAUUUUUAUAAGGAUUAGCUUAUUAAGCCAAUGGAACACAAAGUUAUAUUAUCGAUUUCCAUCACAUAAACCUUAUGUGAUACAUUUGUGUUCAGCCCACCAUAAUGCUACAGCAAAGUCCGAAGUUUUCACUCAACAACUAUCUAUAAUACCAAAUUGUAAUUAAUAUAUUUAAAUUAACAUAUAUCUACUGUCUAGUCGUUAGUAUGGAUGAUUUAUUAAAUUUUGUGAACUAUUUGGAGUAUAUUGAAAUUUAUAUAGGCGAUAAUGAUAAUAAUUAUAUACCGAGAAGGUAUCUUCGUAAUGUUUUAAUCCAUUUAAAUUACAUAGUGACGACCAAUUUUGUAUACGUUACCGUUUUCAAAAACAAGUUAUACUUGAAAAUUUGUUGGAAUUAGUAAAUAUUAAAAACAGGAAUAAGUUUUGUUUAACUAUUCCUAUUGUUCUACAAUUAUCGACUACACUGCGUUUGUACGCUACGUCAAAUUUCUAGGUAGUUUUACUCUAAAAAAAAUCUAACUGUGUAGGAUUUAUCUACCGGGUGAUCCAUUUAAAUGUCAACACUCAUCAUUUCGAACUUUUAAGUGAAAUAAAUAAACAACACGUCAAUAACAAAAAACAAAAAAAGGCCAGAAAAUAAAAUAUUAUACACCACUAUAAUUGUUUUUAUUUAAAUAUUUUGUUAUUAUCAGUACAAUGUUAACUGAUAACACCAAUAUGAACAUACCGACAUAAUAUAAUUAAAAAAAUUGAUUUUCAUAAAACUUCGCAUUAUAAUGAAACUAAUAAAUAUUGAUUAUGCAAAAAUAAAAUUUAGAACUUCCAUAAGUUCCUUAUAGAUAACAUAAAUAAUUUAUAAGUUAAACUGUUAUGUAAUACUAUAUUAUGCUAUAUUAUGUUGCCCAUUUGAUCAGAACUAUACAUACCAGCACUUGUUUAUUAACUUAAAUGCUGGAUCAAUGGCCCAUAUUAAAUUAAACCCCCAGGCUGGAUUAUCUGACUCUUUUUAAUUAGACACUAGGAAUUUAAGCAUAAUGCCCCCGAGUGUAUCUCUGAUUGUAAUACGAUAUAAUUUUACUAAAUAUUAGAAGUCCGCUUCUUUCUAUUAUAAUUAUUACAAAUACAUUAAUUGGAUUGGCUUACAGGUUACCACGAAAGUUAAUUUAGUGGUGACUGAAGCGGAAAAAAGCAGAGCAGAAGUAGCUGUUGUGAAAAAUCGGGCCGAAGUAUUGCUCAAAGGGAUCGCAAAAGAAAAACAAGUAGCCGAAGUUAAACUUGCUAAAGCUCAACCAGCUUUAGAUGCUGCUGAAGCAGCUUUAUUGGUAUACCAAUAUAUGUUAUAUAUUUUUAAGGCUAUUAAGUGGGUUUAUUAUUUUUUAACUUGACGUAUGUAUGAAGCACAAAUAAUUUGAUUUAAAUAUUGACUGAUAAUAUUUGAAAAUAAUACAAAAAACAAUAAUUGACUUGUAAAAAUAUAUUUUUAGACGAUAAAUUCAACCGACAUAGCUACAGUCCGAAAAUUAGGCAAGCCUCCUUAUCUGAUUACAUUGAUUAUGGACUCCGUACUAAUAUUUUUCAAACGUAAAGUUUUGAAAGUGAAACCAGAUACUGAGAAAUUAUUUUUGGAACCCAAUUGGGCUGAAUCAUUAAAAGUACUUAAUUAAUUAAACGAUAAUUUAUAUUUUAAUUUAUGUAAUCUCUAAUUUUAUUUGUUUUUUUAUAUUUAUACAUAGUUGAUGUCUGAUACGCGGUUUUUAUUCAAUUUACAAAAUUUUCCAAAAGAUCAAAUUUGCGGAGAAAUAAUCGAUUUGUUAACACCUUAUUUCACCUACUCGGGCUACUCGUAUGAUAAGGCUAAGAUAGCCUGUGGAAAUGUUGCUGGUCUUCUUAGUUGGACAUUAGCAAUGUCAGAUUUUUAUAAUGUAAAUAAAGAGGUACUUCCGUUGAAAGCUAAUUUAGCUAUACAAGAAGGCAAACACAGCCAAGCCAAAGAGCAAUUAAAAGCUGCGGAAGCUAUUGCUUCUGAAAAGACUAAGCAGUUAUUAGAAGCAAAACGAAAGUUAAAUGGAGCUUUACAAGCACAAAAUUUAAUUGAAGCUGAAGCUGAUACAUGUAGAAAUAAAAUGGAUUCAGCAACAGCGCUUAUUGAAGGUUUAGAAGGAGAAAGAACUAGAUGGACACAACAAUUGGCAGGGUUUAAUUUAGAAAUCAACAAUUUACUUGGAGAUGUUGUUGUACUAACGGCAUUCCUAUCUUAUUCUGGGCCAUUUAAUCAAGAAUAUAGAAACAAGAUAAGGCAAUCAAUAUAUGAUAGUUUGGUUGCGAAGAAUAUUCCACAUUUUCCAAAUCUAAGUGUAACUGAAAAAUUGGUUGAUCCUCCAACAAUUAGUGAAUGGAAUCUUCAAGGAUUACCAAAUGACGAACUGUCAACUCAAAAUGGUAUAAUUGUUACAAAAUCAUCCAAAUAUCCAAUUAUGAUUGAUCCACAGAGCCAAGGAAUAGCUUGGAUCAAAAAUAAGGAAGCAAUCAAUAAUUUAUUAGUUACUUCAUUUGAUGAUAAAUACUUUCGAACUCAUCUUGAAGAUUGUUUAUCAUUAGGAAGGCCAUUACUAAUCCAAGAUGUACUACAAGAUGUUGAUCCAGUAGUGAACAACAUACUGGAAAAAAAUGUGUACAAAGUCGGCAGAUUUUUUAAAGUAUUAUUAGGAGAUAAAGAAGUUGAUAUAAGUGAUGAUUUCCGUCUAUACCUCACCUCAAAACUUGGAAAUCCGUCAUUUCCACCAGAGCUUUACGCGAGAUGUGUAAUCAUCGAUUUCACAGUUACUAUUAAAGGUCUAGAAGAUCAAUUACUAAGCAGGGUGAUUGAAACAGAGAAAAAAGAAUUAGAACAGCAGCGCAUAGAAUUAAUCGCCGAAGUAACUUCACAAAAACGUAAAAUGCAAGAAUUGGAACUUGACCUUUUAGUAAAACUAACAACUGUGAAAGGUUCUUUAGUGGAUGACGAAACAGUAUUACUAACAUUAAACAAAACGAAAAAUACAGCUUUUGAUGUUAGUGAAAAACUAAAAGUGGCAAGUAAAACUCAAGAAUCGAUAAGUUUAGUACGUGAAGAGUAUCGUCAAAUUGCCACACGAGGAUCUGUUUUGUAUUUUUUAAUUGUAGAAAUGGGAUUGGUCAAUCCAAUGUACCAAAACUCCUUACAGCAAUUCUUAGAACAAUUUGAUUUAUCAUUAUUAAACUCCGAACCUAAUACCGGUGUCAUUCAACGCAGAAUAAGUAACGUCAUUGAAUAUUUAACAUUUCAAAUAUUCAAAUACAAGUGCCGUGGUUUAUAUGAGAAACACAAAACACUAUUUGUAAUUCUCAUGGCACUUAAAAUAGACUUGGAAAAAGGAAACAUAACAAUGAAUGAGUUUGAAUACUUCAUAAAGGGUGGUGCUUCGGUUGAUUUGAAUUCCAUCAGCCCUAAACCCUUUGGUUGGAUAACCGAUAUUUGUUGGAUGAAUUUAGGCAUGUUAAAAACUAUAACACCAUUUGUCGAAAUAUUGUCAGAAGUAGAAAGAAGCGAAAUUUUGUGGAAAAACUGGUACGAAGAAUCUAGUCCUGAAACAACUCCGAUUCCAGGAUACGGAAAAAGUAAUGAAUUUCAAAGGCUAUUAAUAGUAAGAGCCUGGUGUCCGGACAGAACUUUGAAUCAAGCAUAUACUUACGUAGAAGAAUCCCUGGGACCUCAGUAUGUAGAAUCUGUAGCGUUGGAUGUUGAAGGGAUGUACAAUGAAUCCAGAAGUACUAUGCCACUAAUAUGUUUUCUAAGCAUGGGCUCCGACCCUAGUAGUAUUAUAGAGAAAACGGCAAAAAAAUUAGAAAUUCCAUUUUUUUCUAUAUCUAUGGGCCAAGGCCAAGAAGUACACGCAAAUAAGUUGUUGUUACAUUGUUCAACCGAUGUAAGUAGCACAAUAUUACUCCGUGUAUUUUUAACAAAAGUUUUCACAAGCAUUCGUUUAGGGCGGAUGGGUGUUGCUCCAAAACUGCCAUCUAUGUUUGGAUUUCUUACAAGAGACAUUUGAAUUUAUAAAUUCAAUAGGCGAUGAAUGCCCAACAAUUUUUAGACUAUUUAUUACUACAGAAGUUCACCCGAAAUUCCCAAUAUCGCUUUUACAAAUAUCUAUUCAUUAUACGUAUGAACCGCCUGAAGGUAUGCAUUUAUAUACAAAUUACCUUAUCAACUAAAAAGUUAUUUAUGGCUUAUCUAUUUAUGCAUUUUAUUAAAGAUGCAUAAAAAAAACUACUAACUAUUAAUUUAAUUUAAUUCCCGUGAAUAUAAAUUAUAAUUCGUAUAUUUUAAGGUCUAAGAGCAGGUUUAAUGAGAACAUAUCAUAAUAUGGGAGAAGACAUAUUAAAUUAUUCUAAUCUAAAACCAUAUAGACCAAUAUUAUACGUAAUUUCGUUCCUUCAUUCGGUCGUUCAAGAACGCAGGAAAUUUGGACCCAUCGGGUGGAACAUACCGUAUGAAUUUAACUCAUCGGAUUGGUUUUCUUCGACAUUAUAUUUACAAAAAAUUAUUGAUGGUAUGGACGCUAAUGGUGUUAUUAAUUGGACGUCCCUACGGUAAAAUAAUAAUACUAUUGAGUAUUAAAUAUAAAAAUUUAAUAGAAAUAUCUGCACAAAAUCAAUUGUAUAUAACUAUCCGUAAUUUUAAAUAAUUAUUAUUGAUAAUAGAUACAUGUUGGCGGAAGUUCACUAUGGCGGCCGUGUAACAGACGACUACGAUCGACGAUUACUAAAUAUUUUAACACAACUUUGGUUAAACGAAGAAAUAUUCAACGAAAAAUUUUGUUUUUACGAAGGAUACUCAGUUUUGAGUUUUAGUGUAUUUGCGGAGUAUUUUGCCGCGAUCGAAGAAUUACCAUUGAAAGAUCCACCGCAAGCGUGCGGACUUCAUCCCAAUACUGACAUUACGUAAUAUGCCGUAUUUAAAUUCGUAAUUACAACACAUCACAUGUAUCAUAAUUUAAUUUGUGUGCCUUAUUGGUUCGUAAAGGUAUCAAACCAACAAUGCUGAAGAAAUGUUUGAAACCAUAAAACAAAUUCAACCAAAAGGUUCCGGUGGUGGCGGUGGAGCGACUCGAGAAGAAAAAGUGUACGCUAUGGCUACAGACAUUUUAGAAAGAUUGCCGGCGACUUUUGAUAUGUUUAAAAUAAGAGAAAGGUAUUUGGCUGCAAUAAAAUUAACAGUGGUUUUUGUAUAGUACUUAUUCAUACUUACGCAAAUUAUAGAUUAAUAGAGAUAGGUCCAACNCAGCCUAUGAACAUAUUUUUGGGCCAAGAAAUCGAUCGUAUUCAAAAGGUUAUUUCAUUGGUGAAGAAUACCCUUGAAGACCUUUUGUUGGCAAUUGAUGGAAUAAUCAUAAUGAACGAGGUAAUAUAUUAUUACAUUAAAUUUAUUUAUUUAAAUUAUUGUUUAUAGAGAAUAUUAUAAAAAUAAAAUACGAAUUAGCAGUAUAUACUAGUAUACUCUGCUUAUAAAAACAAAUCAGGAUACUCCCACAGUGUCUCUACCUGUUGUAAGAGGUAACAAAUGAGGUUGUGUUAGGCCGAAAACCGGUGUAAAAUUCUGUUAAACAUUAUGAAGAUUUGUAAAAAAGACUUAAGCGAUUUGUCCCAUCUAUGAUGUGCGUGGGUGAGAGGAGGUACUAUAGUACAUAUUUUCAGAUGAUUUAGCUUUUAUUGUAUUUAUAUCAAACAAAAUAACGGUGGCUUUGACAAGGAUGUCAAACAAAGGAUUAAAUGUAGAGAGAUUAAAGUAGAGAGAAGCGUUGUGUUUAAUGUGUCAGGAAAACGUUCCAAUAAGAUUUUAAAAUAAGUUCUACAAAAAUGUGGUAACAGACCAUUGCAUGAUUUGGAUUAUAGGACGCUAGAUAGAAGAAUCUAACACAGAAUUAAAUGAAUGUAGCAGGGAUGAGAAUGUUUAGGGGAAUGAGUGAAAUGACAAAAAAGUAUGGAAUGAGUAUAUAGAGGUACUCUAAACGUAGUUUAGAUUGUAGAUAAAACGAUGAAAAAUAGAUUAGGUUUGAGUAUGUCAUAAAAAGAGAGGAAUCUGAAGUAGUAAAAAAUUUAAUGGAAAUAAAUAAAAGAAAAUAGGGGCGAUGAAGACCAAAAAAAAAGGUGAUUCAAUGAGAUUGAAAUCAUAUGAGGACGGGGUGUCUGACCUCAAAUAGUUAGGAUAAAGGAGAAAAAAUUAAUAUACAUUCAAUAUAACUAAUAUAUUAUCUAAUAUAAUAAAAUUAUUUAAUAAUUAUGCUAUUAUAAUUUAUAAUAAUCGUUUACAGGAUUUAACAGAGACCACAAAUAAUAUUUAUGAUGGUAAAGUACCAGGCCACUGGAUCUCAAUUUCAUGGACAUCUUCGGCAAUCGGUUUUUGGUUUGAAGAAUGUUUAAAACGUCACAAGCAAAUCGAUUCAUGGAUUUUCACCAAGAAGCCGAUCCUAUUUUGGAUGACUGGGUUUUUUAAUCCACAAGGGUUUUUAACAUCAAUGAAACAGGAAAUUUCAAGGGCUCACAAUGGUUGGACUUUAGAUAAUAUAGCACUCGAAAAUGAAGUCACCGUUUACACAAAAUAUGAUAUUCAAAAAGGACCAUUAGUGAAUACCUACCUAAAUAUUGCAAUUCGUGUGAAAUAAUAAAAAUACUAACAUUUAACCUUUUCUUGUAAAUUACAGGAAGGAGUCUUUUGUUAUGGAUUAUUUCUUGACGGAGCAGGUUGGAAUAAACGGCAAAAAGAAUUACAAGAAGCAAUUCGUAAAGUGAUCUAUACAGAAAUGCCUGUAAUCCAUAUAUAUGCUGUAAAUUCCGUCGAAACCAAACCCUUGCCUGGGUAUCGUUGCCCAUUAUAUAGAAAACCGAGAAGAACAGGUUUAACGUACAUAAGUGAAUUGCGGCUUGAAACGCCGCAAGGAAUAUCACCCAAUGAGUGGGUAUUAAGAGGCGUGGCACUGCUUUGCGAUAUAAAAUGA